GUCAAACAAAUGUUUGCUUCUAUACGUGGACUCUAAACCCGAGACUCCCGACCAAUCAGGAGCCCUGAAAGACUUUCCCUUAUAUGGACUUCCUGCUACUGAAUACACACACCGGAGGGAGAACCUGUGCGGAGUCGCACGUCUGGCUUCACCUCAGGAUGGAGGGUCGAGGGAUUCUGGUUCUGGUUCUGGUUCUGGCGUCUGUGCAUCGUUCAGAGGGUGUGCGUUGUUUUGCACGGUUCUACCUGAGUCUGGGUCAGUGUGAUGAAGAGCUAGGUGAGGUGGAUGAAGAGGACUGCUGUCAAAACCCCCAGUACGGUUACCAGACAACAGACGGCGUGUGUCGUUCCUGUGGUUCUCCAGUGUGGUCCCCCUGGUCGCCAUGGUCACAGUGCAACGUCCCGUGUGGAGAGGGAGUGAUGCAGAGGAACAGGAAGUGCUUCGGUAUCGAAGCCUCAGAGUGUGAGAAGCCCAAAGAGAAGGUGGAGAUGAUCCCCUGCAACGGCACCUGCUGUCAGAGCCCUUGUCCUGUGGCCGGGGUCUGGUCCAGCUGGUCCAGCUGGUCUCAGUGCUCCUCUUCCUGUAUCCCAGAAGACCGAGCUCCCAUAAGGUACCGCCGGCGCACCUGUUCUAACCCCGCCCCCUCAACGGACCCGCCCGGCAUGGGUUGCCAUGGCGACGACAAUGAGAAUCAAAACUGCAACAACCUGCCUCACUGCCCAGUGGAUGGAGGUUGGGGGUCUUGGUCCCCCUUCUCUUCCUGUCCUGUUACCUGUGGGGUGGGACUUCAGGAGUCAUUCAAGAGAUGUGACAACCCCGCCCCUAAACAUGGCGGCUGGCCAUGUCCGGGAGAGGGACGUAGAACCAGGAUCUGUUUAACCAACACCCACUGUCCAGUGGAUGGCGUGUGGUCCGACUGGUCCCCGUGGGGGAAGUGUACGAGCCCCUUCCCGAACAGGGUCAUCCGCUGCAGCAAGACUGGAGGCGGCAGUCAGAGCCGAGAGCGCCGGUGUCUGCACCAGGCUCACAACGGGUCCAUCUGCGAUGGGGACGGUUUGACAGACACACGGGUCUGCUAUGACGUCUCUGCUUGUCACUUGAAGGGGACCUGGGGCGAAUGGGACUCGUGGACUUUGUGUUCUCCACCUUGUGGAGAUGGUUCCAGACGCUUCAGGAGGAGACUGUGUAACCUGGACUACAGUGACUACAGACCGACCAUCGGUCUUAAGAAGGAACCAGCAAACUUCUCCGGGAGACCAAAUGAGGACUGCGGCCCGCUGCCCGACGGGGAGAAGAGAACCCAGUUCCAGAACUGUGUCGGCGCUCCUGCCUGCCCGUGACCCCCGAGGCGUUUACAGCGGCGUCGUGACACCGACAAUUUAAAGUAGGGCUGUCAAAAUAUUGUCACGUGUGCGGAGGAACUCGUCCACAUGUCAAACAGAAGGCGCUAACGGACCGAUGUGUCGCUGCUUCCAUCUCAACAUCUCAGAAAUGAACUAGUAAUAACUUCAGAAAGUCUAUUUUAGACACUUGUUUAAUUGAUACUUUUAUAAGUUUAUAAGUGUUUACAAAAAAAACCUUAAAUAGGAAUGAUUAGUUCAUUUAUUGACAGCCUGACUUUGAAGUUAUACGAUAAUGUCAAGAGAAAUGAUGUAAUUGUUUACCAUGUGUAUAUUAUCUCCAGUGGACUAAAUAAAACGGUAUCCACUGACCAAUGAACAGCCAA